GAUAUGGCGGCGCCGCUUUAUCAAAGAGAGAAAGAUCGCCCAUUCCUAUUAAGCGGGCCUCUUUUCUAGCGUCGCGCGCCCUUCUCAUAUUCUCGCCGCCUUGUCUCGCAAGCUUUAGAUCCGGCCGCGUGAUCUUCACACUCUCUCUCUCUCUCUCUCUCUCUCUCUCGAUCAUCGAUCCAGCCGCGCUCACAGUCUUUCUUCUAUUUGCUUCCCUCGAUCGAGCGGGCGGGCGGUGGUUCUCCGAUCGCCGAGGGUUUGCGCGGCCCUAGCGCGCGGCGACGCUCGAUUCCGAUGCUGCCGCGCCCCGGCGGCGCAAUUCCUCGCAGGUUAGCGAAAUAUUUCGCGUGCGCGGGUCUCUUCUUGGCAGGAUCAUCGUGAUCGCGGCGGCGGAGGCGUUGGAUCGCGGGGAAUUCCCCUGUGGAUCGCGCGGGGAGAGGAUAGAUUAUAAUGCUGCAGGUUCCAUGCCUCUCUCCUCCCAUCUACGGGCGCAGUCACUAUAAGAAGUUUUGGCUCCGGCAGACCAACGAGAAGGAUCCCAGCGGCGCCGCCCUAGCCGAGAGAGUUUCCACCAGUUGCAGUGAUCACAUGAAGAGCGCCAGCGCUAGCGCCGCCACGGCGGCGUCCCCGGAUCAUGGAUCGUCCCCCGCGGCCAGUAAGCGCAUAUGUGGUAAGCGACGCCCGCAGCUACGCUCGCAGUUCUCCAGCUCCUCGAUCAAGGUUGCCGUUAAUCACGACUCGCCGAUCUCGGCCUCCCCGACCUCGUCUGGGGAGUGGAAGAGGAGCCCAGCGUCGGCCACUGGAGCUGCCAAGGCCGGAUCCUCUGAUGCCGCCAGCAGUCCCUUCUCCUCCGCGGUGGUGGAUAGGGAGGUGGAGCUAGAGGAGCUGGAGACGACGCCCAAGAGCCUUGUGAUCCAGCAUCCAGAGGAGGAGGGCGAUCGCGAUACGAAGUUCGAUGGGCUUGUCCCUGGGGUAGUGGCAGCCGGCGAGGCUCGAGAGGAUCCGGUGGAUCAGGGAGUGGCGGAGGAGGAGGAGGAGGAGGAGAUCGAGGGCGGCGGCGACGAUCGUAAGGUGCUGGUGGUGAGGCAAAACAUGAUCAGCUUCGACGAUCGCGAUCAGGAUCAUCACGAUCACGAGCAGGAGCGCUCGAGCGAGCAAACGGCGGUGGAUUGCUUGACGAGCAAAUGCAAGGGGAUGGAUCAGGAGAAGAGACAGGAUCCGGACACCAUCUCCAACUCCUCCGCCGCGGAGUCGGAUUCGACCACGAGUAGCACAUCACAGGCGAGUGAUGAUCACGACGAUGCAAGGAGCCAUUCCGAGAAAUCGUCGUCCUUUCGGCAGUCUUACAUGAAGCGACAUCCAAAGGGGUCAUCCGAGAUCGAUCAGCUCCUCCUCGGCUCGCCGAGGACAAGGCUGGCCGCCGCUGCCACUUCCGGCGCGGUGGACAACCCCGUUUCGCCCAGCGGGAGAUCGAGCCGGGGCGAUGGGAUGGGCUCCGUUGGCGCGCACGGCAACAAUAAUGUCUCCACGAGGACGUGUAAGCACUGUGGAACAAUGAAAACGCCGCUGUGGAGGAAUGGUCCACUUGGUCCAAAGUCUCUUUGCAACGCCUGCGGCAUCCGGCUGAGGAAAGCGAGGAGGAACAGCAACAAUCAGGAAGCUCCGGCCGCGAGCCCGGCUGGGAAGCGGAAGCUGGAUCAGUCUAGCUCGGCCCGGAUCACGAGCGAUCAGCAACACCUCCGGCAUCCUUACAAGAAGAGCCGGAUGGCUUUCGCGAGGGAGAAGCGGCAGAUUGGAAGCAUGGUGCGCUUGCUUCCUCAAGAACAGCAGCAACAGCUGCUUAUCAGCAGCAGCAACAGAUCGGUGCCGAAGGACGAGGAGGAAGGCGCGGUUUUGCUCAUGGCUCUCUCCUGCGGACUGGUUCUAGCCUGACGAUCCAGCAAACUUUGAUUGACGAGCUAGGCGACGAGAAAGAGGAAGGAGGAAUUAAAACCCGGGAGGGGACCAAGAACAUCACACACAGCUGAAACGCAGCCAGCCACCACAGCGAGCCAAAGGUCAUCACAGGGAGAUUUUUUUCUUUCUUUUUGUUCUUCCUUAUUCUUUCUCCGUCCAGGAAGAGGUAGCUUAUCACUUUCGCAAGUUUAAAGCCUGUUUUGUCGAGGCAGAGUUUGCAGUGACCGUGGCUACUUCUAUCAUCAAAGAGCAAAGGAAUGAAAGAAAAAGAGAGUGGCAGAUCCAGCGUCGACAAUGCAGUGCUUGAAAAAAAAAGAGAUCUAUGCGCUCGAGCGGCUGUCCAGCUUUGUUCCAGAGAUGCAUGAAGAACAAACAAGACGAGGAAGACGAAGGAAAGCUUUCUUAGUUUCUGAGCUUUAGAGUGGGACACAAUGCUAAAUUUUGUGUGAAUACCAACAACAAGAGAGGAGACACAGUGAGUGAAGAGGCAUCAAGCCAGGGUUUUAAUUAUUCCAUUGUCAUCAGUCUAUGAGUUCUUCACUGCGA